AUGCGCACGGUGGUGGCCUUCGGUGGCGAACACAAGGAGUUGCAACGCUUCAGCCAGGCGCUCGUGCAGGCGCGCCGCGGCGGAGUUCGCAACGGCUUCAAGAUCGGCGCUGGCAUGGGCUACACCAUGCCGCCUGGUGGAGUCAGAGGAUGUCGGAGGCCGUCAGUGACAGGGAAGUCCUCCACCAUCGUGCCGACGCCGGAUCCCUCGACCCGCACUAGUGAUUCGACGAUGUCGCCGCCCAUCGAGUUGCACGUGCCACUCCUGGGCCGCACCUUGUUGGCUUCGUCCAUGGGUGCUGGCUUUCUCUUCAUCGGCCUAGUUGCCUGGAGCUAUUCAGAGCUCUAUUUGUCCGAGUCGCCUCACCUGGCGUCGUUAGCGAGAUGGUUUGGUUGGAUCAAUGUGUAUUUCAUUCCAGUCUACCUCAUAGCUCUGUGUACUCAGCGCGGCUACAGCAUUUGGGGCGUGGCGCCACGCUGGUUCAUGAUCACACCCUGGUCGCUCCACAACUUGGCGAAAGACAGAGGAUGGACGGUUCCUUCCCGUGCAGUUCUGGCCGCAAGUGUGCUGUUCUUCGUCAACUUCCUCGCGUAUGGAGUGCUCUUCUUCCUUGACCUUGGUGAGUAUCAACUAGGUUUGAUCCUGAUCCACGGUUUGGGCCACCUCAUCAGCAUGAUCCUCUCAGAGACCUUGGCCGUGGUGCUCCUCCCAUCGCCCAGCUCUCCGCGCUACGCGCGCCUCAUGGGGCCCAGCACGCUGGGCGCCGCGAUGUUCGGCUUCUUCGGAAUUUUGGUGGGCUAUACCUUGGCCAAACGCCAGGUCGGAAAGUGGACUGGGCUCUUCUUGCCCGGCUUGCUGAGUAGCUACGAGCUCCUUUGCGUGGCCGUCUUGGUCCGGAGCUUUACUUCGGAGUAUGUGGAGAAGAAGGAGGUCCGUGAUGCCUAUAGCCAGGCAAAUCAAGGCCUUUUCGUCUCGAUGCACAUCGCCACGCUGCACGCCAUGGCCGAAGGCGCACGGAUGAUCCUGAUCCUCUCACCGCUCUGUGGCACCGCCCCAGCCACCGAAGAGUUUUUGAUUCCGAUCUGCUCUGGAUUCGUGUGGAACGUGCUGGUGCGUGCGGGGUUCUUGGAGCGGGUGAUGUUCGUGAUCAGCUGCGGAUGGAGAACUUGCACCAGGUGCAGUCUCCUCUUGCAAGAGGUGAAGCAUUGCACCAGCUUCCCACGCUACUUCGUCAUUCUGGCCAUUGCCUUGGCCCGGCUGAUGGGCACUGGAAACGCCCUGCCUGGGGGCCAGGAGACCUUGGGAUAUGCCAUCCUCGCUCUUUUCAUCGCAGAUGUGCUGGAGAAUCUUUGCAGUUCGUUGCUGCAGUAUAUGGGAUAUCAGGUCUUCCCCGAGCAACGCCACUGCGGCCUCGCCGAGCUGCGCGCGCGGGCGGCGCGGCGCCUGGAGCGGCGCAGCGGCGCCGCCGGCUUCGACGACCUGGCCGCGGUGACGACGAAAGGAUUUCGAGAAGAGUGUUGGAAGCUGCGAGCUCGCUUUGAAUUUCUCUACGGCCCGGCACUCUGGAGUCGAAUGCCAUUCUGGGCCCACUUGGUGCCAACCUUCUUCGCGCAGUUCCACACGCUUCUUUACAUCAUUUGCCUGUCGAACGGCUUGAGCUUUGUUUUGGGCCUUUGCCAUGACAACUACCAGGGUGUUAGCCGUGGCUUGCUCUGGUGGCCGAUUGAGUCCCCCUCCGAGCUUUGUGUUGGUGAGUGAGGAGAUCCGACCCAACACGGCCCAGUGAGACAUCCGCGGCCCCUGGCGUCGAGCCGGGCACGGUCCACGAACGUGUGCCGUGUGCGUCGGUGAAGCUCAGGGGUUGCAGAGAGGAAUUUGGAGCUCACCGACCUGGGCCCUUUAAGAUAUUGAACACUCGCUGGCUGGUCGUCUCCGAACAGUUCGACCGAAACGGGGAAAAACGGCUUCGUCGACCGGGCGGCUGAGAGCCAGAGCACCUCUCCGACCAUCCCCGACACCCUUGCCUCCGUCGGUCCGGCAGAUCCGACGAGAGAAGUGACGAGAAGAAGUGGCAGACGAAGAGUG